AUGUCGAGCUCGAACCAAACAAAUUCCACAACUGCCACCUCUUCCUCCCAUUUUUCCUUGACGACCUGGGGUCACCUACAAGUGACUCGUUCUUCAUCCUCCAAAUCUGGACGAAUUCCGAUUUCUGAAACAGCAGCAUACUCCUGGCUGCGGGUUCAGAAAAUCAUGGAACUGUCCGUUCAGCACCAGCCUGAAUCAGAAUGUCUCGACAACCCGACAUCCGCCGAUAGUAAUGUCAAUGCUCUGACUCGGAUCAAUUCGUCUGCCUCAUCAUCCGCUUCAUCUGUUGCGACAAAUGACAGCAAUAACGCCAUGCAAGAAAUGGAUAAGCAUACGGUGCUCAUUGGCAGGACGGAUCCGUUGACUCAUGGAAAGUCAGUGCCAUCAAUCACAAUCCUCGGGGAUGGAGUUGAGAAGUAA